CAAAAAAGAAUGGCUAAAAGGAUACAGGGGAUGAGGGGUAUUACUUACGAAGCGAAACUGAAACAGUUAAAUUUACAUUCCUUAGAGAGCUUGAAAAGCUCUUUUAAGCUUGAAAAGUUUGGUUUGAAAAAGACAUAUGAAGGAACUGGUUCUCAUAUAUAGUGGUAGAUAAAUAGAAUGGACUCAGUAAUCAAGUUUUUAGUGCUGAGUGAUUAAAGACCUUUAAGAGAAGAUUAGACAGCUUUAUGGAUGGGGAUGAUAGGUGGAAAUAGUUAGGUAUUUGUAGGCCUGAUGCCUUCUUGCAGGUUCCCUGAUUUCUUAUGUUCUUAUGUAACAAGCUCAAAACACUUAAACAUCCAAUAAAAACACUGAGAUGCCAGUCCCCGAACAGGGUCUAAAGAGGUAGUCAGAAAUUGAAUGAUAAAUGUCUUGAAACCUCCCUCUUGAAGGAAUGCAAGUCAUAGGAAGGUGGAAAUACAGAAGCAGGCAAGGAGUUCCAAAGUUUACCAAAGAAAGGGAUGAAUGAUUGAGAAUAUUAGUCGGGUCAGUUGCUUUAAGGGGAUAGAUAAGUGAGUCAUUACCUGCCUUACUAAUAGGGUGUGUGCACAGAGAAAGCAGGUUUGCCAGCGCGGGCAACCGGCGCCGACCCGCGCCAAGAAUUAAACCAUAUAAACAAGUGUAGGCGUGCACAGAGGAAGCAGGUUCGAGCGUGUCGGCGCCGGCAGCCUGCUUCAACCCGCUUUCCUGUUUGCUCUGAUCAUUCUUGCCUGCUCAACCCGCGCGGGUGGACGCUACUGAGUGGAGAGAAGGAUGGAUGUUGAGCUCCUGAUAGGCAAGGUGUAUGAGAGACAGCCAGUAUGGAAUAAAUGGAAUAAGCACCACGCUAACAGGAAUGUUGUGGAUAGGCUGUGGGCUGAAAUCAGCCAGGAGUUGAACUGUGAAGAGACACUGGUAAGGAAAAAAUGGAAAUAUCUUAGAGACCAAUUUGCUGUUGAGCUCGGGAAAAUUCUACCAGCUCGAUCAGGUGAUGCCGCAGGUGACACUCCCACAUCAAAGUGGCAGUAUUUCAAAUUACUGCAUUUCCUGAAAGACGUCGUGAAAGCAAAAGCUUCAACUGGAAAUUUAUCAGGUGUGCUAACCAAUGAUACUGUUGAAACCUCAUUACCAGAAUCACCUCAAAUAGAAUACCAAAUGGGUACCAUGGAGCCCCCCUUGGCUACAGAGGAAGGCGUAUCCCACACUAAAGACGCUCUUGAACGCGAAGAUGAAGUUAUGGAAAAGCAAUGGCUCAUUUCACCCGCCACCCGUCCGAAGAAAAAGGGAGCUAACAAACGCUCUAAAACAGAUGACUUCAACCAGAGCAUCCUGGAUAUUGAACAACAAAAAAUUCAGUACUUGAAAGAAAAAAUAAAUCGCAAGCAAGACAAAGAAGAUGACGAGGAUCUGAUGUUCUUCAAAAGUUUGUUACCUCAUGUCAAAAGAAUUCCUGCUGUGCAGAAGCUGACAUUUAGAAGCCGCCUACAAGAACUUGUACAACAAUUUGCAUAUCCAGUGCCUGCCAUAUCUCCCCUUCCAUAUACCCAUGAUUCCUCUUCCUCAGCUUCUGCUUAUACCCCACAGGUGUCUCCUCACUCAUAUGCCCACUCUCCUAUAGAGUCUCAAGUUCAUACCACAGAUAUGACUUUACAACCUAUGUAG